AAUGCAUGCCCCUAACGGACAAGAUGUUGGCACGAGUUACACAUUGGACAUCAAAGCUAUUGUCAUAUGCUGGCAGAUUACAACUAGUUAAGACUGUGCUAUUUUCCAUACAAACCUUUUGGGCUCAGAUAUUCAUACUCCCAAAAAAGGUACUAAAAGCAGUUGAAACAAUUUGUAGAACCUUCUUGUGGACAGGGGACACAACAGCAUCUAGGAAAGCAUUGAUAGCUUGGGAACAAUUAUGUCUGCCCAAAGCUGCUGGUGGACUGAACGUGCUGCAUGCUCAAACAUGGAACAAAGCUGCCAUAUGUAAAUUACUUUGGAACCUAUGUAAGAAGGCAAACAAGCUAUGGGUCAGAUGGGUACAUGAAUAUUACCUCAAGCAACAGAGUGUAUGGAGUAUCUUUCCCAAACAAGCCUCGUGGAUGCUGAAAAAGAUAUUUAAAGCAGUGGACAUCUUGGAAGAAGCAGGUAUUGACGAACAACAACUCAACAGCAUCACCACCUUCUCAAUUAAACAAGUAUACCAGAAGCUCCGGGGAAACCAUCUAAAGGUGACUUCGAGGAGAUUGGUGUGUAAUAACCAAGGUGCUCCUAAGUGGAUUUUUAUACUAUAUCUGGCACUUAACAAGAGACUUUACACCAGAGACCGACUGACGCAAUGGGGGAUAACUGAACAACUGGUUUGCCCCCUAUGUGGAACUGAAAAUGAGACAGUGGAGCACUUAUUCUUCAAAUGCAGCUACUCAGCAAGGGUCUGGGAGAAAAUAGUAGAGUGGCAAGGAUACAAUAGAUAUGCAAUGGAGUGGACUGAUGAAGUAAGGAACAACCGAGUUUUUCAAAGCAAACAGAGGGAACCUGGUGCACUCAUCAGGAUAAUUGCUCAAGAGAUAAUGGUGAGAGGAAAUAUGCAACCAAAAUUGGCAAGCCAACUAGCCCGAAUGGAUUACUAUCCUUCUUAGUUUAUUUGUUGUGUGAUUUAGCUUGUUAUUCCAAUGAAACAGGACCAUGGGACCUUGUCCAUGCACCUGUUUUCUAAGCUCUGU